AUGCAAACGGUGGAAGUCAACGUAGUUAUUCUCCUACUGGUUGUAAAGACAGUUGUCUCUGCAUCUCGAGGUCAACUUGACAACGAUAAGAUCAAGCAAAUCAAAGCUGGACUUCGGAGCACUUUGUUGCUCUUCCACCUACUUGGUAUCGCUUGGCUAUUGACACCUGUAGUGGCAGUGUUCCCUCACGUCAAGGCGUUGGAAUACACCUUCAACCUGCUCAAUUCUCUUCAGGGGUUCUUCGUCGCAUGGCUCUAUUGCUUUCUCAAUUCGGAGGUUCGAAACGCCAUCAGAGAACAUGUUCGCAAAUCUCGUGAAAGCAGGGCUUCGAUCACCAAUCCCAGUACAGUUUCAACAACUGAAGGAAGUGCAGCUAAGCCUGGUAUGAGGUUGAUCCGAGUCGCUCCAGCUCCAGCAGCUCCAACACAAAACCAAGCCGGUGUCUCUAGUCACUCAACCUAAGGCCUAUAAGCAGUAACACCACGUCCUUAUAAGAGGUGCCCUAAAUGAGUACCUCGAAUAUGUGAUUGAGCAUAUGAAGGUUGCGGGUACGAGCUCCUACAAAGCAACGAUGUCCUCUUUAAAGACAUUGAUCUACAUUUGUCACGCAACAC